AUGGUCUGUGCUGACCAUGAAUCUAGGAUGGGUGCCCACCGUAUAUUCUCUGUGGUUCUGGUCCCAUCUUCUGUUUGUCCAAACUCAGUUCCAAAGUCUAGAAGGCCUGCUGAUAUGCAGAGGACACUGUCAAGAACCGUGUCUGUGUUCUCUUCUUCAGCUGCACUGUUUAGAAAACUAAAGGUGGAAGCAGAUAACUCUGUAGAUGGUGCUGCAAAGAUUGAGAGAGUCUCAACGCUUAGCAGGUCACAGUCAAGGUUUGCUAGUAGAGGUGAGAGUUUUGAUGAGGAGGAGCCAAAGAACAACACAAGUUCAGUCUUGAGCAGGUUGAAGUCAAGUUACAGCAGGAGUCAAAGUGUGAAAAGGAACCCAUCAUCAAUGGUAUCUGAUCAGAAUCCUUUGGGAGAUUCAGGAGAGAAACCAGUGAUACCUUUAAGAUUAAGCAGCCACCAGAUUUGUCUUUUGCUUUCAUCCAUUUGGGUGCAGUCUUUGUCUCCUCACAACAUGCCACAAAAUUAUGAAGCCAUUGCUAAUACAUAUAGCUUAGUACUUCUAUUUGGAAGGACUAAGAACUCAAGCAAUGAAGUCUUGGUAUGGAGCUUUCAGCUAGCAUUUUCUUUGAGGAAUCUUUGUCUUGGAGGACCAUUGCAGCCAUCAAGGCGUAGAUCACUCUUCACUCUGGCUACAUCAAUGAUCAUUUUCUCAGCAAGAGCCUUUAACAUCCCUCCUCUUGUGAAUAGCGCCAAAACCGCUCUACAGGAGAAAACGGUAGACCCGUUUCUACAACUGAAGGAAGAUUCCAAGCUAGAUGCUGUGUUCUAUGGACAAGAAGAGCAACCAGAAAAGAGUUAUGGAUCAAAAGAAGACGAUGAAGAUGCUUUAAAAUCACUUGUGGCUAUAGAAGAAACUACACAGAGUCAACCUCGAGAACAUUACGCUGCAAUGAUUAUGAAGUUUCUAGGAAAACUAUCAGAUCAAGACUCGUCGUCUAUAAAGGAGCAGCUAGUUUCAGAUUUUAUACCUAUCGACGGUUGUCCUGUUGGAACACAGUUGACAGAUUCUCCAGUUCAUACUCACCGUUCUGAAAAUAAAAACAACAAACCACGAGAAAUGGAUGAAACUCAGUCUCUUAUACCGGAGAUUGAUGCAGCGCCGACUCCUCCAGAGGAUCAGCUUGCUCUUGAUACACAACCUAAUGCCAAAACCGCGUUCCUCCUAAGCAUCGAUGAACUUCUUAGUGCAGUGUCUCAGACAACAGCACAGUUAGGGAGAUACUCAGUGUCUGAUCCACCAGACAUGACAUACACAGAAAUGGCAGGACAUUGCGAGGCACUUCUCAUGGGGAAGCAAGAGAAGAUGUCUUUCAUGUCUGCAAAAAGCAACAAGUUCAGCAACCAAACUAAAGAGAGUAGUACUACUGAUUUGCCUGGUGGUGGUGGGAAUCCAUUUCUGGAUCAGACAAACUCUUGGGAUCAGACUAUGGGAAUGGGUGCACCUGCAGCGGCUUCGAAUAUGUGUGUCACUGAGUACCAAAACCAUCCUACUCCUUUCUUUAAUCCUCCAAGUUCCACUCCUUUUGACAACUUCCUUAAACCCGUUGGUUCCUCCUAAUUAGUUAUUUAUCUUUGUCUCUCUUCCAUAUUUAUUACUCUUUAUAGAACGUGAAUAACUAUAACUUAUUCCAUAAAGAAGAUGCAAAAAUG